AAUUCUGCGUCCGUGAGGCCGCGGCCACUGGAGCAGCAGCAGCAGCAGCCACUACCGGCCAGGCAGACACACAGACAAGGCAGGUAGACAAGACAGGCAGACACACAAAGCAGACAAGACAGGCAGACAGACAAGGCAGACAAGGCAGGCAGGCAGACAGACAAGGCAGACAGACAGACAAGGCAGACAGACAAGGCAGACAGACAGACAGGCAGACAAGGCAGGCAUGGGUGGUGAUGCCACAUGACAGAGCUGCAGACAUGUCGAGGUGGACUCAUAGGGUCCCUCGGUAAAGAUUGGCGUGAAUCUACUUAGGUGACGAACUCUACCACCCACCCAUCAUCAUCAUCAUCUCCUCCACCACCACGGCUGAUGAAACGAAAGCAAACGACACUUCGGGAGGGAUGGUGGCGAUGAUGAUCAUUUAAACCGUGAAGAAGAUGGUUAUUUCAGUGUGUGGCGAUGACAGCGCCACGCGAAUGGGAAGACAUCCGCGACCGUGGUGGCCGCUGCCGAUGAGGGAUGUUGAGAAUCUUGACAGGCGCAGCAGCAUGGCCUUGAGUCGGAAGGCAGGUUUCAGAGAAGCCAAUUCCCAGCACAGCACUCUACUGCUGUAGCGUCAAGGCAUGGGAAACCCAUAAACAAUUUGACAAGGGCGAGCUUUUGUCUCAUCAGAAGCGCAUGUUUCGCAAUUGAGUGGAGGCACCUGCUGUAAGGAUGAAGAAGGGGCUUGUGUCGCUACGGAAGUCUUUCCACUUGAAGAAAUCCAAGGAUGAAGCCUCCACCGUGUCUGGCUGUUUGGUAGAGCAAGACACGGAGAACGAAGCCUCCUGGGAGAGCCAGGGUGGGCUGCAGUCAGACAAAAGCAGCAUGGAUGCAAAUCCCUGGGAUGCCCUGGAAGGAGAGAGCAAACACAGGUCGCAGAGCGACGGCUUUAUGAGCACCCUGAGACGGAAACUCUCCUUCCGGCAGAAGAAUGUUGGAAAAAACCUCUUUCUUUCCAUCGGCGCGGUGGACGAUGACGUGUUUUCGGCAACGUCAGUGUCUUCCACAGGAAGCAAGGGUGCCGAUGUCCACGCCAAAAGCUGCAACCAUAACCGGUUUGCUCAGGGCAACCAAUACGACGUGGUCCCCCUGCCAGCAGGAGGCAACGCUCCCAGAAACAGUAGUUCGACCAAAGCGGAUGUUAAAGUGUCAGCUGACUUGGACUUUUUCCCUCUCAAAGCUCUGGCCAACGGAUGUCAGUGUCGUGACAGAACCUUUGGCGGCUGCAAGGCAAGCCUGGACCCUCACAGCUGUGCGAUGGAGCUGAGUCUUGAUGGCAACCACAACCCAGAUGUGACAAUGAUGGAAUUUAAUCAGUCUGCAGUAUGCAACGAGCUGAACUGCAAUGCCUAUUUCAACUACAACGUGAUGGACGGCGUGGACUCGGAACAUAUUCCAGGGUACUCGGAGGUUGAAGAAAGCAAAGUUGCAGCCGUCUCUUUAGAAGAAAAAGCAACGGUUCUCUCCAUGUGCAACGCCAUUGUCAGAGAGCCAGAAUGCGAAAACAAAGAUCAGGUGCUAAUCCUCAGCGAUGACGUCAACAAUUUAAGUGCCUUAAAUGGAAACAUAGUUGAGCGAGACGCUUUGGAAGCGAACGCCCCUGGCCUGCGAGCAUUGUUCAUCGCGGCGGAUGGGCCGCCCGCAUCUCCAUUAGUGCCGCCCUCCUCCCGGGUUCAAGUGCACAGCGUGCCCUUUGACCCCACGUCAGCGCCAGGCGUGGGCCGUGUGUACGACUCGGUGCGACGUGACGGGCCCGGCGCCGUGUCCAGCCUCACGGAGGAGCUCAAGAAGCUGGCGCGGCAGGGCUGGUACUGGGGUCCCAUCACGCGCUGGGAGGCCGAGGAGAAGCUGCACGGCCUCCAAGACGGCUCCUUCCUCGUGCGGGACAGCUCCGACGAGCGCUACCUGCUCAGCCUCAGCUUCCGCUCGCAGAACCGCACGCUGCACACGCGCAUCGAGCACUCCAACGGCCGCUUCAGCUUCUACGAGCAGCUCGAGGCGGAGGGGCAGGCGUCCGUGGUGGAGCUCGUUGAGCGGUCCGUGCGCGACUCGGAGGUGGGCGCCUUCUGCUACUCGCGCUCGCGCCUGCCUGGCUCCGCAACUUACCCGGUGCGGCUCACCGUCCCCGUGUCGCGCUUCAUGCAGGUGCGGUCGCUGCAGUACCUGUGCCGUUUCGUCAUUCGCCAGAGCACGCGCAUCGACCUGAUCCGAAAACUGCCGCUGCCCAGCAAGAUGAAGGACUACCUGCAGGAGAAGCCCUACUGAGCAGCGUGCCAUUUGUAGAGAAAGAUCAUUUACCAGCAGGUUCUGGCCGGUUUUGCAAUCGGUUCCGGUGUUUCUCCUUUAAAUUCGAUUGUGGUGAUUAUGUCAGAGGCGGUGAUAGGAUGCGUCUCGAUCAUGUGAGUUUGCUCAAAAUAAUUGCAUCGCAGCCAGCUAUCCCAUCAAGCACCUGCAUGGCCCAAUAUGAGCGGUACAACACUCUAACCUGGUGCAUCAGUUGCAAAUUAUGCACACUAGGUGUGUCCAAGGGUGGUAAAUGAACGGUUCAUCCAUGCUCGCGUAAUCGUACUGACAGUCAAUCAUAACACAGCGUCUCUGCAAUUACCCCUAAUGGAUGCACCUGGCAAAAACGAUUUGCUCGUCCUGCAGUAGAACGCAGUGGCACACACGGUCUGCCACACACAGUAGUGAUCGCCAGUGCCUGUAGCAGGCACUUUACUCAAGGCGAUUUAACAUUUUCAAAAUUACCAAAAAAAGAACCGGUAAUCUCGCAGCAACUCAUGCUCGUACGAGUUAUUUGUGGACACUAAUUCUCAGCUCUAUUAAAUCAAAGCAUUUUUCUGAAGCUUGUUAUGUUCCUGUCAAAACACGAUGCAUUUUACAAAUGCGCACUUUUCCCGAUGGUACAACUCGUGCCACGUGCACGAUACACUUAUUUUGGGCGAAACAAAUAGGUAUAUGUGACAAUGUGAUACCACCUCCGCAAUGUGCCUGACAACUUAAAAAAAAAUACCCCCACAGAUAAUUGCUUAAAAGAUUACCUGGAUGGGUGAGAAAUGGGGGAAUUGAAAAUAGAAAUAAGGGAGAGAAGUGCAUCAUUGUGGUGUUCUUGUUUGUAUCCUACCUUCAGAAUGCAGACGGAUCAAAUUCACACGAGAAUAGAUAUUUUAGUGGGGGAUUUAAACAAACGUCGGUUGAGAGGGAUUUUCCAAGGGAAAAUGUAUUAGCUUUGAGAUAUGACAUGUGGGGCAUUUUUGGAUAUGUCCCAGAAAAAUAUUUUGUGAUGUUGGCAGGCACAGAAUGUCACUACCAGGUCACGUAUGUUUGACGUGAUGGAUUUUAACAGUUUGAUGUUAAGUACAAAUUUCUUCCGUGACAUUCAUUGUAAACCACAUGUAUAACUGUUAUUUUUUUUAUUCCCUCAUUCUUGUGAUGAAUAGAUUUUUUACGGUAUUAGGUUGUAUACAUACAUGUUUGCUUAUGUCUAAGUACUGUAGUGAAAAGUUUAAUUAUUUUGUUUCAUGAUUUGUUACUCCAGAAGAAAAAUAACGUUUAAAGCCAUCUUAAAAUAUUUGGCAUUGUCAACAACAAAUGUUCACUUUUUAUACUUUUAAAAUUUCAAUGUCCCAUAGGAAAUUAUACAUACUUCCUCUUAAUAUAUCUCUGCUAACUACACUGGUUACAAUUCUUAGCAUGCAGUACAUAACCGUGUAAUGUUUUAUGUAACGGUGGGCUUUGAUGAUAAAAAUCCAGGAACUAAUGUGUAUUCCUGAAUUUUAUCUUAAAACAUAUCUGGUAUUUUUUCUGCAUAUAAAAAGGGCAAAAUAUAAUAACGCAUGAGAAACUCAUGCUUGUAAACUACGCAGCACAUACUGAAUUUAAUCAAAUGAUAAGUGUUUCAAAGAAGUAUGGCUUUCUAAUGAGCAAAUGUUGCUAAACACACCGCACUAAAUUAGCCUUUCAUCAUUAUACUUGGACUAUUAUACAAAAGUAUGUAAUGAGGAAUACAGACUUUUAACUUUGAUCUUUUAUUCACUGAAAUAUAGCUGAGCAUUCCGGAGUCAUCCAAAUUGGGGCUCUCAUUGUUAAUUUUGCCGUUAUUCACAUUCGAUCACCAUGAUUGUAAAAAAACAUGUUUUUCCAAACCAUUUUACAGAAAAGAAUGACAUUUAUCAGCCAACAAAUCCCUGCCCAAUUCUAGACGAAUCUGAACCUCGGUCAUAAAAGCUGUACAAUUUUUUUCUGCAUUCAUCUACAAGGCUUAAUCGUGUGUUGCAAUUGAACAUAUCCCACUAUGUGUGGAAAACCUCUGUGCAAAUGGCAUGUUAACAGAUGACCUACAUGAACUUUACUUUUUUUUGUAAAUGUUACUCCUGAAACUGUUCCUUUCCUCGGCGAGAGUGUUCUGAAUAAAAAAAAACGCAACUUAUUUGUAAAUCGAGUAAAUGUAUAGUGAAAAAUAAAAGUUUUCGCUUGUCA